AUGCGGCCUUUCUUGUUCUUGUCAUUAUCCCUUUGCCAUAUCGCGAUAUCUGCUACUUGGCAGGAUGCUUCGAAUGAUACACGAUGUGUCUUAAGCGGGCCAGCGGGCUAUUCUCUCCUAGGCAGUGUUAGAAACUGCUCAAACAUUGUCAUUUCGGGGCUGCAAGUCCCAGCUGGACAGACGCUUGACCUGACGAAGCUGAAAAAUGGAACUACGGUUACGUUUGAAGGGAACACGACAUGGGGAUAUCGGGAGUGGACAGGACCUCUGGUGUCUGUCUCGGGAACCAACAUCUCCAUCAAGGGAGCUCCCGGCUCUGCUCUGGAUGGAAGCGGAGAGCUGUGGUGGGAUGAGAAAGGCCAAGAUGGGAAGCAAAAGCCAAAGUUCUUCCAGGCCCAUUCUCUCAGCAACUCAGCCAUCGAGGGCAUACGCAUAGUAAACGCGCCAGCCCACGUCUUCAGCAUCAACGGCUGCACAAACCUGACUCUCGCCAAUGUCACCAUCAACAGCACUCUUGGAGACCGUCUAGGCAAAAACACAGAUGGAUUCGAUAUCUCGGCAAGCAGCAACAUCACAAUCCUAUGGGCAAUGGUUUACAACCAAGACGACUGCGUUGCCAUUAAUUCCGGCACCGACAUCGUGUUUAGGGGCGGGCUUUGCGUCGGGGGCCACGGCCUCUCAGUUGGCUCCAUAGGUGGAAGAAGCAAUAAUGCUGUCAAAAACGUCGUGUUCGAGAAUUCCACGAUAAAGAAUUCGCAGAAUGGCGUUCGAAUCAAAACCAAGUAUGGAGAAAACGGCACUGUAGAUGCAGUCACCUACAGGCAUAUCCAGCUCUCCAACAUCACCAAAUACGGCAUCGACGUUGACCAGUCGUACGGCGCCACGGGCCGAGCACCAACAAGCGGCGUGAAGAUCACUAACUUCAGUCUCGCGAAUGUUACUGGAACGGUGGACUCGAAGGCCACGAGAAUCUUCGUCAAUUGUGGCGAGACCAGCUGCGCCUCGUGGCUCUGGAUUGGCAUAGCUGUGGCAGGAGGCAAGAAGAGUUCCAAGUGCCUCUAUCUCCCGAGCGGGAUCGUUUGUUGA